CGACUUGUUUCCACCAGCGUGAAUCUUAUUGUCGGACAUUAACGAUCUUGUAUGUAUGGCUCGGCGACCAUCAACCGUAUCGGUUGCAUCGUUUGGUUCGAUCAAGAGCCUUGCAGAACCAUCCCAUUCGACUCCAGCAUCAACAUUCGCCCCGUCUCCUUUAGCACUGAAGUUCCCUCAUUCAGUCUCAUUCACCUAUUCCUCGAGCGUGCAAUCCACCAGGGUACAAGAUGAAACUGCGGACAUAAACCCAGAUGAACUCUUCGCGAAAUUUACUAUUCCCGAGGUUAGGGCGAAACAAGUUCAGCUAAGAUCUGAUGCUGAGGCCAAGCAGGAGGAGCUUCGUGUUAUGGUCGGGGAACGAUAUCGCGAUCUCCUACAAGCCUCAACGUCCAUAAUUUCCAUGUCUAAGUCCGCAAAGCGUGUACAAGAGGCAUUCCAGGAGACUAAAGAUGCUAUUGCGUCUCAGCAACAGCCGUCCAGGCGAAAUCCUACGUCCAAUGUAGGCAAGGAAGACUCGCACUUGCAAACAUUACAAGUACUCUCUGCCCACAUAAAGCUACUUCUUGAUGCUCCAGAACAUCUGUGGAGGCUUAUUGAGAGAGAAAAGUAUUUCCAUGCCACCUGGUUAUAUAUGUUGGCACGUGUCGUGCACCGGGCACUUUCUCAUGAUGACGACCAAGAUGAGGAGAGUUGGUUAAAUCAAGGCAUCAAUAUCGCGGAACAAUUUCCGCUCAUCCAGCGACAAUGGGAGACUAUAUCUCAUUUCCGUUCUCAGAUUAUCCAUAGAGCCACAUUAUCUCUGAGGACACAUGAGAAGUCACCCGAGGACACCUGCGCAACUAUUCUGACUCUCCAUAUCCUCGAGUUGAGACCUUUGACAGACACUCUGACGAUGUAUCUCUCCCAAAGAACGCGGACUGUGCAUACACUGGUUUCAAAAAACUCAACUAUCAUGGCAACUACAAUCCUCAAUGGCAUUCCUACGACACAGAUGAACGGUCAUCCUACAGGGGUUUCCAAGCUGGCGCAGUCUACAAGCAUACCUCCCAAUAACAAACUUCGAGAUGUGAAAUCCUCGCUGUUAAACCUUGUGGAGGUCAUAUCAAGGACCGUGAAUUGCGCCCGGAGUGUAUUCCAAAGUCAGAGACCCACGCAGCUAGCCCUGGCAAUCCGCGUACUGGAGCAGAUGCAUACUGAAUCGCCCGCCGUAUCUGACCUAGAGAUUGCACUUCCCUCUGAACUGGCUUUGAGUACCCAGACGGUUCUUUCUGGACUUCCAUCGUCGUCAUACUUGGUUCUCCUUCCAGCUGGCAUCAGGUCAUACAAACCGUAUGUUGAAUUAUCUUCCGCUUCAUCUACCGUGCCAGGACACUUUCUGGAGGAUAAACUACGAACUUGGUUUGACCAGUCCUGCUCUAUACUUCGGGAUUCUUUGGAUCGCUGGUUGCUGGAGUUGGACAAUGUGAAGAGUGUCUGGAAUAUUAGGUCCUCCUUGCGAAAAUGGCUGCUCAAAUCGGGUUUGGUAACAACGGAACAGACAGCACUCGAUACUUUAUUCGAAGAAGCUGUCAGAAAACGAGUUACCACCAUCUGGACCGAUACUGUUUACCGGGCGAAAGAGCAGUUCUUGAAGGCAUUGUCUUCACUUACUUCUACUAGUGGAGUCGUUGCGGAAGAUUUUUCUCCUCUAAACAGCGUAUAUGUGUCCCGCUCCGUUCCACCCCCACCCCCAGCAGGAAAUGGAUCUUCAGCGUACGAACUCCCAUACCAAAAAUAUAGAGCGGCUUUGCAAUCACAACUUCGUGGUCGGACACCUCGCCUGCAGACAUUUUUAAGUAUUCUCGAGGAGUCUGCAGCUUCAUUGCAAAAAGACUACGCUCGUAUUAGCUCAGAUGAGAGUAGCAAGAGGCUGGUUUUCAAUCUGGUUGAGGCACAUCUCCCGGAGGCGAAGACUUUCUGCUCCAUGAUCGCCGGCGCUCUUGCUUCAACUGCUGAUGAACUGAUGAACCAGCCAGACACCAUUAGCGCUAUGAGAAACAUGAUCUUCCUCAGUCGAGUGGCGAUCGAAAUAUCAUUGGCAUCGCCUUUCCUUGACAAUAUAGGUUGUGAUGAGGUUACUGCACUGGAAUUUCGAGACAAAACCGGUUUGCUAUUUGAUCGAAUCAUCAACCGGUGGAAGGAGCACACUAUUUCUUCUGCUAUCUCAGUAUAUGAAAAGGACGCAAAAUUCUUACAUCUACCACUUGCUGCACCCCCUGUUACAGGGCCGUCACCAGCCCUGAUGGAAAGCAUACAUGCUUUAUCAACUUCCUUGCAUAGCUUGGGUCUCACGCACCAUCCGUCACAACUCACCAGCAUAGCGUCAUCGCUCCUUAGCCUAUUCAUCGACACAUUUACACAUGCUAUGCUGAACGGUGAUACAAGUCGGAAUGUGCAGAUAUUAAAUGAUGCAACCUUCCUGCGAUGCCUUGCGUCGGCCUGGCCUCCUGAUGCACUUGAGUCAUCUUCGCUUGACAAAUUGAUCGUUGCGCUGCAGCCUGCAGUCCAAUCUUCAAGGGGCCAUCUACAGCCCGAUCCAGAACAAGCUGCCAAGGAAUACUUGACGAGGACUCAGAUGUUACUUUCAGCGCUUGUUCCGCCUUCCUCUUCCAUGCAACCCGUAAAGGAAGGUGCAGAUAAGAUGAGUGCGCUGCUGACCUACGGUGUGCCUGUGGCAGACACCACAUUUUUACCAGCUGUGGAGCUUGCCAAAGUCUCUACUCGGUUCCCUUUACUGCUGGUGGAGACUCGAUAGGGGCUGAGUGGAUUCAUGUGACGUUUGCGGCUAUUUCUACAAUAUGGACUUGUUUUGAUUAACACAUUGAUAUUGUGCUCUCAGGAUAUCAUUCGACGAUUGUCUGCAUUUGCUCGUGUUUGGAUCCUCAAACGCGUUCUACGUUCUGUGAAUUUCUUGCAUCUAUCCCAAGCGAUGUCGUUCAACUUCCAUCAACCGGGUACAGAUGAACGUACGUAAAUAAUAAGAUUGGGACUUGGCCUCAGCGGCAGAGGACAGAUUGCUAGAUCCGCAUGAUAUUAGCAGCUGCACUAGCGUGAUGAUCGAGUCACUGUCAUUUCUCCCACUACAAUUCUACGUGGUUGAUCAGUAACCAAGCCUCACUAGCCGCGCGGGUCUAUGGUCGAUUUCUAUGUAUCCCGUAAGUGGUUGG